ACACUCUCACUCAUAGCAUCAUCACUGCUCUGCUGCACCACAGAGAGAGGCACGCUGAGCAUUCACCCUCUUUCUCUCUCUCUCUCUCUGCCCCUUCCUCUACUGCGCACUCUCUCUCUGUUCACCUUGGCUGCUGGGUGGUGUGGAGUUAUUGUUGCAUCAGAGCCAAAGAGAUCCAGAGACAGCCAUGCCGGGGGAGAGCUCUCACAGAUCUGUCCCCAAAGAAAGACAUCCGGAGCUUGGAGCAGAGCAGACAGGCCUGCCUGAAACAGACAUGACCAGACAUGCCUCCACUGACUCCACCCCUAGUGACAGUGGCUCCACCCCUAGUGACAGCGGCUCUAGUCCCUCCCCCAGCACCCCUCAGAAGCUGCUCCCAUCAUGCACCUCUCCUUUUGGGCCGCGGGUGGUCCGGGCCACGCCCAGCUCCUCCGCGACCCCGCGACCCCAGCCUGAAGGUUCCGACCGUCGCCACAGUAACACGAUCCGGCUUAGCGGGACGUUUGGAGGUCACGGACCCUGUGGACGCCGCAGCGGACCCGUGAAGAUGGAGAGAAUCAAGGUCCUGAUGGGCUCAGAGGUGGAGAGCGACUACAAGGAGCCAGAGAACAUGGACACACGGGUGGUGAUGGGCCAGGAGGCCCUGCUCAAGACCAAGAAGACCCUGACAGGGAAGUGCCCCUGCGGGCAGAGCAGCCAGGUGAUACCCCUGCCCGGAGGCCCAGUCUUGGAGGUCCCUAACCCUCCCUCAGAACCACAGGCCGAGGCUGGGGAAAAGCUCCAACUGGACACAGGGCAGGAGAGAGACAAUUCACCUCUGACCCCAAAGAUGGAGCAAGAGCAGGAGAGAAUCCCUGUCCUGCCCAUUAGCCCUCUCCUCACCCCUCUCCUAACCCCCCUCAUCCCUGCCUCCCUUCCCUCCUCAGAGCCGGUCACAGUGGAUGUUAGUUUGACGGACAGCUUAAGCCCUUUGGAGGCAGGGCUGUCUCCUUAUGUUGAAAUGCCUUUUGUAUGUGCCAUGUAUGCCAUGCCCUCCCUGUCCGAGCCAGCCUAUCCCCCUGCUAUCCUAUCCUUCACUGAGCCGGCCUAUGCCGUGGACCCUCUGAGAGUGGGCGUUCCCUCAUCCCUGGAUCCUGACCUGUACUACACCGCCCCCUCCACCCCCAUCAAGAUGGCUGCUCACCCCUCACACCUCAAACAUCGCUCUUACCCCGGCUCUCCAGCCUCUCCCCUCUCACAAAACUCCCCCUCGGACAGCGAGGACCUGUGCUCCCCCCUCACCUCCCCCUCUGGCUCCUACGUCACGGCGGAGGGGGGCAGCUGGACCUCUUCCACCUCCCCCUGCAUCUCCCCCAAUCUGCUCCUGGCAGAGGAGGUGCAGGAGGCACCUGCAUGCUUUGUCAGCUCACUGUCCGAAAUCGGAGACGAGGUGGGAGAGGAUAGGGGAGCAGUAGGGGAGAGGGCAGAGGAGAAGGGAGGAGGAGCAGCAGAGUGGCGGUUCUGCCUCUAUAAGGGUCUAGCAGAGACUGUGAUCCUGGAGGAGGAGGAGGUGCUGAGAGGGGAGGUGAGGGGGAGGAGGAGUGAGGAAGCGACAGUCUCAAGAGGUAGCUGUCGCCCUCGCUGGGUGACAGAGGACACUUCCCCAUUGAGGAGCAGCAGCGGCAGAAGCACUGACUCUCAGGAAGAGGGAGGGGAGUCGGAGGGCUCGCUCUUUCCAGCAGAGGAUGCUCUAGCUGGGGGACAGCAGUACUCUAGUCCCCUGCUGCAAAGAGGCCUGGAGCUGGAGCUGCAGGCCUGUGUGGCUGAGGAGCUUUACCCUCCCAUUACCAUCCCAGAGGAUCGAGCAGACUCCCCACGGCUGACCUCCAUCUCCUUCCCCUUCGCCCCAGACAUGGGGAACCUAAGCCAUCACACCUCCAGUGUCAACCCUGCCUCCCCCAACCUUACCCUGGACACCUGCUCUCCAGAUGUGUCAGAUGGGGACAACUCCAGUCCAUACGGAGAGAUGGGUACCUUCCUGCUGUUCCCAGGCUCCUACAGUGAUGAUGGAGAGAUGGAGGAGGAGGAGGAGGAGAGGAUGAUCCCAGCCUCUCUGCUUAACUUUCCCCUCCACACCAGCCUCCUCUUUCAGGCAGACUCCAUGGAGAUCACUCUCUUCCCCACAGAAGAGGGGAAUGAGGGAGGAGAGGGAAACGACAGGAAUGAAGGGAACGAUGUGGAUGCAUACGCGGCCGGAGAGGAGGAGGGGGACGUGGAGGAUGAUGAUGAAGAUGAUGAUGAUGAGGAAGAAGUGGAGGCUAAGGUAGAGAUAGAGGAGGCUAAGGUAGAAAUAGCGAUAGAGGAAGAGGUGGAUGAAGAGGAGGGUGAGGAUGUUGAGGAAGAGGAGGAGGAGGGUGAGGGUAAGGCUGUAAAUGACCCAGCUGAAGAGGACAACUCGGCCUCCUUCCUUCAUUCACUGUCGGAGACUUCCAUCAACGAAGGUCUGGAUGAGUCCUUCUGUUUCCAUGAUGACACUGAUGACUCACUAGACUCCGCCUCUUAUAAUGGCGAAGAGGAUGAGCGGCUGUACAGCACAGAGAGACAUGCUGAACCACCCACAGGACCACCCACAGGACCACUCACAGGACCACCCACAGGACCACCCACAGAACCACACCAAGCCAAACCUCAGCCUGAAACCAGACCAGAGGCCCACAGCACUGAACUGUCCCAGUCCCAGAGCAGACCUAGCCUAAUCAAUCCCCCAGGAGACAAAGAGCCCCUGCCUGAGGAUCCUCCAGGACCCAAACCACCACAACCACAACCUGCACUUGCACCUGCCCAACUUGCAGAAUCAGCCCACCCCAAGUCCUCCAACAGCGGCAGUGGGAGUGAAAUGGAGACCUCCUCAGAGUCCUCUGACCCUCCUGUCCCCGCUCCUUCUCAGGAGAGCCCUUCUGUCUCUACCCUUACCCCUAAACCUUCUACAACCCCUUACCCUGCCUCGAUUACCCCAAAGACUACCCCUGCUACCGUGUCAACCCCUAAAACCAAGCCUGCAUCUCUCUCUAACCUCGACACUAACUUUGCUCCUGCCCCUAAUGCUAAAUCUGCUACUGUCUGUACCACUAACACUAACCCUGCUACAGCCUCAACGCCACAAAAUAACUAUGCUACUUCCUCCACCCCCAAAACUAACCCUGCUACUGUCUGUACACUUGAAAUGAACCCUGCUACGGUCUCUACCCCUAACACUAACAGUGCUCUUGCCCCUAACGCUAAAUCUCCUACGGCCUGUACCACUAACACCAACCUUGCUACAGCCUCAACCCCCAAAACUACACCAGGUACAUGCUCUACCCCAAACCCUGCUGCUACUCCUAACACUAACCCUGCUGCUACAAUCGAGGAGACAGCGUCCCACAGCAAUCCUGUCACCCUGGCAACCCUGCCGUCCCAUAACAGCCCUGUGACCCUGGCAACAGAAGCAGGUCAAGCCAAAGCAGCUGCAGAGGAAGUACAGGCUGGAAUGGUGAGAGAGGAGGACAAAAGGAGCGGUGCAAAGAGAGAGAAAGACAAACAGAGUGGUGGGGAGAGAGGGAAGGACAAACAGAGCAGUGGGGAUAGAGGAAAGGACAAACAGAGCAGUGGGGAGAGAGGAAAGGACAAACAGCUGGGUGCGGAGAGAGAGAAGGAUGAACAGAGCACAGAGACUUCAGACGAGGACCACACAGAGCAGACAGACAGAGACUCGUUCAAACUACUCAUUAAGCCACGCCCCUCUAAGUCAGACACACCCCGGCCUAAACAGAAGACCUCUGAGCCCCAUAAGCCCCUCCCACGUGUGUUUGGGGUGGCAGCAGCAUCAAUCCGGUCCAAACCGCUUCUGGUGUCAGUGCUGGAACUGGACCAGAAGAAUGAGAACAGCAGUGCUGAAGGUGUGGACUCCCAUCAGGUCCUUGAAGGGACCACUGCCACCAAUGACCUGAACAAGGGGGUCCCUCUGCUCUCGUACCCGAAAGAGCCUAACCCCAGCAACAUCCCUGUCUCCUCCUGCCCUGAGAGCUCACCUGACCUGGCUGACAACCUGUCCCUGACCCCUGACAUCUGCCCAUGUGACCCCGCCCAGGAGAACCUGAGGGAGAACACCCUGAGCACUGAGGACGGGGGCCCUGGGGCCCUGGGCUCCCCUCACACACCCCUGGCUGUCUCUCCCAAGAGGGAGAACUCAGAGACAGACGCAGGGGGGAGGAGGGGGGAUGGGGGCUGGAGGGCUGAUAGGAGGGGGUUAGGAGCAGGUGCUGGGGCCUGGGGGGCAGGGGAGGCCCAAUCUCUCUCUCUGGGGCAGGGCUGUGGGUUGGAGGCACAGAGCCUGUUACUGUGUGAGGUGGAGGGGCAUGCUGUUGGACAGACAAUUGGACAGACGAUUGGACAGACACUCUCCGGGCUGCCCAAUGUUGGCACAGACGAGGAUGAGGUGGAUGAUAUUAUAGGGGACGAAGAAGACAACAACAGCCUGUGUGGUCGGCCAGACAAGAUGGCAGAUGUUGAACUUGUGGGAGAGGGAGUGCCAGAGUCCAACCUGUCCAGCUGGAGGUCCAUCGAGGAGAUAUCAGAGGCAGGGGGAGGAGAGGACGGAAGCUCCCAAUUCCCAGAGGAUGAUGUCAGCAACCUGCAGAGUCACCCGGAAAACAAGGAGGAGCAGGAAAACAGCAACAAUGACUCAGUGUUCCCAUCCUCUGGAAUGCCAACCUGUGUGACUCUGAAUGCCCUGUCAGAGGAGGUGAGACACCAGAGCCAGAGUGUGAGUCUGAGGGCGUCCCUCUCAAACAUACCACUCACAGAGGUGAGACCACAGGCUGCUGCAGCCUCCGAUAGGCCAACAACAUCAACGAACAGCUCAACACACCAAUCGGACAUAAGACAGGCUUCCUCGUCCAUGGAAAACCCUGGGCGUGUCUCACCACCAGGGGGUAAACCACAGACUGUCUCAGACCAGAGCCCUGGUUCAGUAGAGGCAGCCAUUUCCAGACCCAACAGUAACACCGAUAUUAAACCAGCAGUCAAACAGGCAGACCUUGCUCUAUCUCUGCUGGAUGGGGCAUUUGGAUCCUUCAGCCAUAAAAUCAGACCAAGCAACUCCAAGUCAGGCAGACUGUCCCAAGAAACUUCCACAUCAAUGAGGAAAGACACAGUAGAGAAUGUCCAAGUCUCCCAAGAAACUUCUCUCUCAGUGGGCAAAGACACAGUAGAGAAGGUCCAAGUUUCCCAAGAAACUUCCCCAUCAGUGGGCAAAGACACAGUAGAGAAGGUCCAAGUAUCCCAAGAAUCUUCCCUAUCAGUGAGCAAAGACACAGUAAAGAAUGUCCACGUUUCCCAAGAAUUCUUCCUAUCAGUGGGCAAAGACACGGUAGAGAAGGUCCAAGUUUUUCACGAAAUUUCCCCAUCAAUGAGUAAAGACACAGAAGAGAAAUUCCAAGUUUCCCAAGAAAUUUCCCCAUCAAUGAGUAAAGACACAGAAGAGAAAUUCCAAGUUUCCCAAGAAAUUUCCCCAUCAAUGAGCAAAGACACAGUAGAGAAAGUACAAUUUUCCCAAGAAUGUUCUCCAUCAGUGAGCAAAAACAUAGUAGAGAAUGUCCAAGUCUCCCAAGAAACUUCCCUAUCAGUGAGCAAAGACACAGUAGAGAAGGUCCAAGUUUCCCAAGAAAUGUCCCCAUCCGUGGGCAAAAACAUAGUAGAGAAGGUCCAAGUUUCCCAAGAAACUUCCCCAUCAGUGAGCAAAGACACAGUAGAGAAGGUCCAAGUUUCCCAAGAAACUUCCCCAUCAGUGAGCAAAGACACAGUAGAGAAGGUCCAAGUAUUCCAAGAAUCAUCCCUAUCGUUGGGCAAAGACACAGUAGAGAAGGUCGAAGUUUCCCAAGAAACUUCCUCAUCAGUGAGCAAAGACACAGUAGAGAAAGUUCAAGUUUCCCAAGGAACUUCCCCAUCUAUGAGCAAAGACACAGUAGAGAAGUUCCACGUUUCCCAAGACAUUUCCCCAUCAAUGAGCAAAGAGACAGUAGAGAAAGUAAAAUUUUCCCAAGAAUGUUCCCCAUCAGUGAGCAAAAACAUAGUAGAAAAUGUCCAAGUGUCCCAAGAAACUUCCCCAUCAGUGGGCAAAGAGAAGGUAGAGAAGGUCAAAGUUUCCCAAGAAACCUCCCCAUCAGUGCGCAAAGACACAGUAGAGAAGGUACAAGUAUUCCAAGAAUUGGCCCUAUUAGAGGGCAAAGACACAGUAGAGAAGGUCCAAGUGUCCCAAGAAACUUCCCCAUCAGUGAGCAAAGACACAGUAGAGAAGGUCCAAGUCUCCAAAGAAUCUUCCCUAUCAGUGGGCAAAGACACAGUAGAGAAGGUCCAAGUUGUCCAUGAAACUUCCCUAUCCCUAUCAGUGGGCAAAGACACGGUAGAAAGUGUGAAAAAACUCUGUUCACUGCCUCAGCCAGAGGAGACAGAGCCACAGACGGUGAGCCAAAGAGAGGGUGAUGGCGGUCAGACGACUGACAGGCACAUUGACCAACCAAAGAUGAGCAUGGCCUUAGAAGGGCAGGAGAGCAGUGUUUGUAUCUCAGGGGAAAGUGAGGUGGAGGAGAGAGCAGAGGAGAGAUUCUCUCCAACAGAGAAUAUUCCAGAACCUGCACAGGGUCAGGCACCUGAGGGAGAGCUGAGCACAGAGAAAGCCAUCACUCCUCCUCAGCCAGAGAGGAGAGGGAAGCAGAGGAAGCAGAGCAGAGACAGACCCAGUCAGCUGCGCAGACAAUCUACGUCAGGCCCUGGGUCUACUGAUCAACCACAGGAACCAACUCUCCCUGCCAAGACCCUAGCAGACGCCUCCCCACCAGGGAAACAAAAGAAUAAGAACAUGAGGGGACAAAAAUCUGUUGCAGAUACCAGACAGAGGACACCUGUGAAGGGCAAACCUGAAGCAGAGUCCGAGAGGAGAGGGGAAAACAGAAACGUCUCCGUUGCCCCGACUCCCCCUAGUCCUACCAACCUCUGCCCUAUAGCUCCCACUCUCCUAGUCAACCAGGAAGUGAAAACGGAAGUGCACCAGAAAAUUCUUGAUAACAGGCCGCUGCCUGGCUGCCAGACAGAAAGCAGGAAGGAUAUCAACGAUAACAAUGUGGGGAGUGGCCAUGCCUCCCCUACAGAACAGAAUAGGUCCUCUUCUCCUCCACCUCUUCCCUCCUCCUCUCCUCCCCACCUGUCCUUCUCUCCUCUUUCCUCAUCUCCCCCACCUCUUCCCUCCUCCUCUCCUCCUCCUCUCUCCCCCUCUCCUCUCUCCUCCUCUCCUCCCCCCAGUACCUUCGCGAUGCCACCAGAUGAGGACCUCCCCACCCCCAUACAGGAGUCCCAGCCUCUCGUCACCACAGUCCAGCCUGUCACCCCACUCCUAGACACUCAGCCUCAAUCAACCAAUGUUCAGGCAGCCUCUGCAACCCUUUCUACUACCCCUAUCGCCCUUCCUAAGCACCCCCCUAUACCCACCGAAAGUGUCCCUAUGUCCCCUACCCCCUCCUCAUUUCCAUCUCCACCCACGUCAGCCCUGCCCUCGACCCCCAGCUUUACCCAGCCCACCCAGGAGUCUCUGCCACGGCUGGAGGCUCCAACCACAAUGCCUGUCCUAGACAUCCGCAGGCAGCUCCAGCCCCAGUCCCAGUCCCAACCCCAACCAAACCUCCUCACCGAGCCCAACAGACAGGUCAAGACAGGUCAGUCACAAAGCCCACAGGACAGAGAUGGGAUGGACACAGACAGUGAUGACGAUGACACUGCUGUUCCUCUACGAUGUCACAUGACUCAGCCCAGGGGGAUUGUGGGAAACCCUUCUCAUAAUGAGUCUGGCUCCUCCAAUCAGCGAGACAUACUGCUUCACUCCUCCUGCCAACCAACUGAGAGACAGACAGACUGUCCAAUCAGCCACAAGGAUUCACAGGAGCUGGACCUGUCCUUCAAAUACAACUUGGGCUCCUGCAAUGAGUCGGAGAGUGAGGGAUCAGUGCCAGAGUUGGAAGAACCAGUGGGGGUGCCACUGAUAUCCUCAGAACCCCAGCCCAUCUCUCCUGCUGAUGAGGGGAUUAACAGACCUAAGCAGAGCCGCAGUGAGAAGAAGGCCCGCAAGGCCAUGGGUAAGCUGGGCUUGCGGCCGGUCCACGGUGUGACCAGGAUCACUAUAAGGAAGUCGAAGAGCAUCUUGUUUGUCAUCAGCAGACCUGACGUCUUCAAGAGCCCCGCGUCAGACAUCUACAUCGUGUUUGGAGAGGCCAAGAUAGAGGACCUGUCUCAACAGGUGCACAAGGCAGCGGCAGAGAAGUUUAAGGUCCCGGUGGAGCCCUCCCCCCUGGAGCCCCCUGCACCACCCAGCCUCACCAUCAAGGAGGAGAGCGAGGAGGAGGAGGUGGACGAGGGAGGUUUGGAGCAGAGGGAUAUAGAGCUGGUGAUGGCCCAGGCAAACGUGUCCCGUUCUAAAGCUGUCCGCGCCCUCAGACACAACACCAACGACAUCGUUAACGCUAUCAUGGAGCUGACAAUGUGAGAGGACCCCCACCAAGCAUAAAUGCCACAGUCACAUCUGUAUCGCUGCUAUGUUGCAUUCUCUUUACCUGCUAAUAAACUGUCUGUUAUAACCACA